ACAUCCACAAAACACAAGAAAUCUUCUCUUCUUAACACAAAUCCUUUUUUUUCCCUCUAAACUCACAUAAAACUUUAUUUUUCCAAAACAAAGUUCAAAAUGACUCCAAAUGUUGUUGGACAGGCAGCCACUGGUUUGGCCAAGGCAGCAAGUUUGCCUAGCCGUGCCUAUGUGACAUUCCUGGCAGGAAACGGUGACUAUGUAAAAGGUGUAGUUGGUUUGGCUAAAGGGUUAAGAAAGGUGAAAUCUGCUUACCCUCUUGUGGUGGCAGUUUUGCCUGACGUGCCAGAGGAACACCGCCACAUACUGAUCAACCAGGGCUGUAUAGUCCGGGAGAUCGAUCCGGUUUAUCCUCCUGAGAAUCAGACUCAGUUUGCUAUGGCUUACUAUGUCAUCAACUACUCUAAACUCCGCAUCUGGGAGUUUGUGGAGUAUAGCAAGAUGAUAUACUUGGAUGGGGACAUCCAGGUGUUUGAGAACAUAGACCAUUUGUUUGACUUGCCAGAUGGCUAUUUCUAUGCCGUGAUGGACUGUUUCUGUGAGAAGACUUGGAGCCAUAGCCCACAGUACAAUAUUGGGUAUUGCCAACAGUGCCCAGAUAAGGUCCACUGGCCUGAAGAAGAGUUGGGACCAAAGCCAAGUCUCUAUUUCAACGCCGGCAUGUUCGUAUUUGAGCCCAGUCUCCCCACGUAUGAUGACCUCUUGAAGACACUUAAAGUAACACCUCCUACCUCAUUUGCUGAACAGGAUUUGUUGAACAUGUUCUUCAGGGACAUUUACAAGCCAAUUCCAAACAAGUACAACUUAGUUUUGGCCAUGCUGUGGCGCCACCCGGAGAAUGUAGAGGUUGACAAGGUGAAAGUAGUUCAUUACUGUGCAGCAGGGUCCAAACCAUGGAGAUACACAGGAGAGGAAGAAAACAUGGACAGAGAAGACAUCAAGAUGCUGGUGAACAAUUGGAGGGAGAUAUACUAUGAUGACUCACUCGAUUACAACAAUAAUGCCAAUAAUAAUAACAAAAAAAUCAUGCCAGCGCUUUCAAAGGACGAGGGCACUAUUGUUCACUACAUGACUGCCCCAUCAGCCGCUUAGCUUGUAGCAAUAUGUAUACAACCGCUUGGUGACAGACACAAGCAAAACUGAUGUUAAUUUGGUCUUCCUUUUUCUGUAUUUUUUAGGUGUAUAGGUUCUAAAGAAAUUAUAGUACUAUAUAUAGCAGGAUUUUUGCUUCCUAAUGCUUACAAGAGAAGAGACGGAGUAUUAUGUAUGUAUUUAGACAGGAGAACGUGCUAUUUUUAAGUUCUCCUUGAAUUUGUGUUUAUUAUUAUGAAUGUUGAAAGAAUACAUGAAUGAACUACGUAUUAUUAGU